UCCAUUUUUGUCGCGUGCCUCAACUAAAUUAAACGAUUUUUAAUAAUUUACUUCACUGUCCAAUCCUCGAUUAAUAAUAAAUCAAAUACUGCUUAUAAAAACUCAAAUCUGUGAUGACACGAUUAGUCUUACCGGUGUGCUCCAGGAUGGAAGAAGACUUCGACUUUUUAUCCUCCCUUCAAACUACCCUUUUCUGCCUAAGGUGUGUUGGAACGUGGCCUUCCAACACAUAUAAACUGGAUGCCUACACUUUAUAUGCCACUGCAUCCAUAACAAUUUGUUUGUUCGGCCACAAUUUUUUUCAAACCGUCAACAUCUUCUUCAUUUUCAACGAUCUAAACACCCUCACUGGUGUCAUCUUCGUCGCACUUACUUGCUUGGUAGCAAUUUUAAAAUCACUGCUAUUUAUUUUCAAUAUGAGAAGGCUCAAGAAACUUCUGUUGGUCGACAUAAGACAAAAACUGUUUAAACCAAGAAACCGUCAACAAGUAGUUAUGGUGCAAAGCAGGGUGAAUUUUUGGAAGAAGAUUUAUUUUAUGUUUACUGGAAUGGGUGUUGCGACUAUGUUUUUCUGGGCUCUUUUCCCUAUUAUGGAUGGGACGGUUAAAGAACACCGAUUGCCUUUUUUGGCAUGGUAUCCCUUCAGUGUCAAUAAAUCACCGUUUUAUGAAAUCACUUAUAUUUAUCAAAUUGUUAGCGUUUUCUUCAUUGUAAUCGUAAACAUGAACUCGGACAUGUUGUUGGUUGCUUUAAUGAAUAUUCUGGGGGUGCAGUGUGACUUGUUGUGUGAUAAUUUGAAAAAUAUACAAUUUAGGGAAAGAAUAAAUGAAGAGUUUCUUCGGUGCGUUAAUCAUCAUAUGCAAAUUUUAAGCUACGCCUCCGAUUGCAACAAGUUUUUCAACACAAUCGUCUUAGCCCAAUUUUUCACGACUGUGGUCUCUUUGGGACUGACAAUGUAUCAGUUGACAAUUGUUACCCCUUUUACCAGUGAAUUUUACUCGUUUAUAGUCUAUGGAGGUGCGGUUUUAAUGGAAAUAUUUUUAUACUGCUGGUUUGGAAAUGAAGUUGAAUUUAAAAGCUUGAACAUUCCUUUCGCCUCGUUUGGGUUUGACUGGACUAUUGGUAGCGUCGGGUUGCAAAAAAAUUUAAUUAUUUUCAUUGCAAAAAGUCAACGACCAAUUAGAAUGAGUGCCCUUAACUUGUUUCAUCUGUCACUAGAAACUUUCGUUAAAAUUUUACGUACGGCUUACUCGUAUUUUGCCCUUUUAAACAAUGUCAAUUCAUUAAAUUAGCUUUUUUCAUAAUAUUUAAGUAUUAAUAAUUAAUGUAGAUUUAUUUAUGCCCACUAACACAUUUUAGUUCUGUAUC